AUGGCUCUUCCGGCAGGACAAAAGCGGUUAGCCCUCAGGUUGCUCAACUUAGAAGCCGAGUACACGGUGCUCACAGCUAUCAAUUCCGCCACUCGAACCUAUGAAGAGGACGCAAGAAUCAAGGAACUCGAUUUCCUCUGUCUCGCUCACGGCCUCCCGAGCGAAGUCAAGAAUAACGUCCUAGAGUACUAUAUCCCUGGUCUUGAACCUGUGGAUAUAGCAGAUCCUACAAACCAUACCCGACCAACCUGGUGUACGGAUGAUGAGGCGGAGUUUUUAUAUUGGCGACACACUAGAUUCAUCUUCCGUACUGAUGAUUUGACCAGAACCAAUUUGGACAACAAGAUCAACGCCGCCCAGACGUUUAUCCAGAACAACCUUCGCUCCACCACCCAUCCCGCCAGACUCUUCUACAUGCAACCCAAAAAGAAAGUAAUCUUUGAGAUAUACCUCAAGAUCGACCUAUCCGUCGGCGGAGCCGCCGAAAUCGACGACGAAAACCUAGAAGCCCUGUGGAGACUUUUGGAACUCUUGAAUGGAGAAAUGGAACAUUUACAACUCAAAUUCAUCUGGAAGAAUGACACGAACCCGAAUGAUAUUUCCGCUGCUACGAAGAGGGAGGUCGCUACUAAUAAUUCAGCCCCUUUUGCUGCUAUAAAGCAGAAUUUACUUGCGAUUGUUUUGGCGGCGGCUAGGCAUUAUACCACUUGUAUGCAUGCUCCCGCCACCGUCAAUCCAAUCACAAGAUGGGCGAGAUAUCUAUCUCCGAUGACCGCUACCGACCCUGCCACCACAGACGCGCAUAGAUUUGCAUUCGCGAGGGAUUGGAGUACUCUGCGGGUCAGCGGUCAAGUGAGCAGAAUGUGGACCACGAGAAACAAGAGGGGGUUUGUUCUCUGGAGUGUGUGUGGCAUGUUUAAUGUGCCGAUUCCUAGGGAUGAUGGGGGUGCUGCGACUUAUGGGUGGUGGAUGGGGACGCCGACGUUCCCCUUGGAGUUGGGGGAUUUGGCUUGA